AUGGGGGGAUCUUCUCUAUUUGGUCAAGAUGUGUCGUCUCUGGUUGUUCCUAUCCUUGAUACUACUCCUAUUGAUACUUAUCUUCAAGGGAAGACACCAGUUCAGUCCACAGCUUUACCCAUGAAAGUGUAUGUUCGUCAGAAUCAUGACCAACAAAUAGAUACCACCACAACAGCACCUGCCAAAUCAAGACAACUGCCAUUUCCUGAUGAAGAAAUUAAAAAGCCGCGGUGGAAGGCAGCCAUGGAUGAUGAGAUGCAAGGUCUAAAAAAGAAUGACACUUGGGACUUGGUACCUCUUCCUCCCCAACAGAGGACAGUGAGCUGCAAAUGGGUCUUUAUUGUGAAACAGAAUAUGGAUGGAAUUGUAGACAAAUACAUGGCAUGGUUGGUAGCUAGAGGAUUUACUCAAAUCUAUGACCUCAAUUACCAGGAGACGUUUGUUCCCAUGGCAAAAAUGAACACCAUUCGUGUGAAUCUCUAUAGUGAACCUCGAUUGGGCCUUGCAGUAGCUUGGCGUUAA